GGAUCAGUUGCAGUUCCGGGUUUGCUGCGAGAUGGGUUUGGGGGCAGCGCAAGAGGACAAGCCGCCCCUGGAGCGGGAAGGGGUCCAGUUCCUUCAGCAGACAGUGGGCUCACUUUUUGCAGACUAUGGGUGGUACAUCCUCCUCAGCUCCGUUGCGAUUUAUCUGCUUGUACAAAAGCUCUCGCGAAGCUUUCGAGGCAAGAGGCAGCCCCGCUUGGAUGCAGCAGCUGUUGAACCCGAUGCUGUGGUGAGACGACAGGAAGCUCUGCUCGCAGCCCGUCUGCGCAUGCAAGAAGAGUUGAAUGAGCAAGCGGAAAAAUUCAAAGAAAAACAGAAGAAGGCUGAAGAAGAGAAGAGAAGGCAGAAGAUUGUCAUGUGGGAAAGCAUGCAGGAAGGCAAAAGUUAUAAGGAGACCCUGAAACGGAAUCAGCAGGAACCUGAGCCUGGACCGUCUGCAGCGACUUCUGCCCCAAAGCCAAAACCCAACAGGAAACCUUUGCGAGGUGCUGGUUACAACCCUCUUUCUGGAGAAGGUGGCGGGACUUGCUCGUGGAGACCAGGGCGCCGCGGGCCUUCCUCGGGUGGAUGAGGCUAAUUCUGCUGGUGCUGUCCAUCGACACCGGCAGGCAUUAACUUAACUCCACAACUGUGGCUGUCUGUGGGCUGCUUGGCACAGGGACUUGGGGGUGGGGGCUGUUUUUAGCACUGUAACAGCAUCAAAUAUGUGUGAAAUGAAGGGUGGGAUUCAGCUACUGAAUCCUGUCUGCAGAAGCCCUGAGCAGGUACUUCAGUUUGCACAUUGGGGCAUUCCUGCCUCUUUUCCUUCCGUGCGCCCCUUGAAAUUGGCUAGGGGGAGGGAUCAGGAGAAACACAGGAACAGCGCAUCAGGGGAAGGGGGGGAAUCAUUUCAUCCGGGAAGCAGAAAUGCUUGCGUUGAGUAGGGGAGUGCAGCAUUGAAUUCCAAAACAUUUUAAUAUAGCCAAGCUACCCAAAAUAAAUGGUGAGCGUUGACAAGAAGCGAUGCUCGUGGGACGGGUGCUGACAGUUCCUUUCCUUUCCGAGAGGCUGGUGGCCAGGCUUUUACUUUGAGACGCCUUUUCUGUGAAAUGGGGAUGUUGCCCAUUCUGCCUUGCAAGAGGGCUUGUGACUUAACCUUCUGCUGAGAGUGGUUUGGACUCUGCUGGAGAAAAGCCUGUUUUAAAGGGCAGCGUGUGCUACCCCCCUCCCCUCU